AUGGGUGCAGAUUUUGAUGUUCUUGCAAACCCUCAUACAGACGAAACUCAUAUGUUGCUGGCAGUUCUUGCAACUAGUUUAAAGACUGAGCUUACCCUCCGUCAUAUUAAAAGUAAAGGAGAUGAAUCAAAUAUAACAGCGAUAGAUAUAUUUUGUAAUCAUUUGAAAAUGGAGGAAUUCCGAACAAUUCAAGGGAUUGCAAUUCACAAAAUCUCACCAUAUCAUAUUCUCCAUGGUGUACUAGUGGUAUUUGAUAAAAAGAAAUUGAAUGAUAGUGGAAAAUUUAUAAUUGAAGUACAUUCAAGAUGUCCCUCGCAAGUGCUGUCCUUGAUCAACUACAUCAAUGAUGUUGUACCAUUUCGAAUAAUAGCAACUACAUCAAAUUACAAAAUUACUGCAAAUACAGAGCAGUUAGCUCAUUAUAAUGAGGAAGUACCACUUGGAAAUAGUCAAAGCAAGAGUUACUUUGAAUAUUUAAAGGCGAAAAGUCCCAUAUUGGUGCAUGAGGGACAAUCUUCAGACAUGAUAAUAGAUGAA